AUGGUCACCAUGGGCCCACCUCAGGGCGUUCGUCCAGGUGACGUUCUUGAGGUUCUUCAUGAAUUCAGCAGCUGCGGUGAAGACGAACUGGUGAUGUUUCCGCGCGAUAAGAUUGAAUUGCUUGAGCUAGAUGAUGAAUUCGGUGACGCCUGGUACUUGGGCAAAAAUCUGAGAACUGGACAAACAGGCUUAUUCCCAGCCAAUUUCACCAAAGCUACUCCACGAAAGACCCUCGCCGAGUCGCCGGUGCUCCUCGAAUCGCCCUUACCAGCAGAGUUUGACGCGCCCGCAGAUUCCUCGUUCGCAUCGGUGGGAAGCGGGCAGAGUACCCCUCAAGCCUCGCGCCACGUCGACAUGCAUUCGUCCCAAAUCGGUUCACCACAGCAGCGAUCCACAUCGUCCCCGCUGCCUCGGCCAAGCUUGGCAGCCGAUAUUCAACAUGCCUUCCGUAGUCCGAUGGACAAUCAUAUGAACGGUGAAGAAAGUCCGGUUAUGAAUGAGACGCUGAGCGUCAUCGACGAACACAUUACGGAUAUGAAUACCCCGCGUGGCAGUGUGUCGACCCAAGAGCCUAAACCAAUCAAUGACUCCGGCAGCGAGUAUAGCAGCCACAUCGGCCACAGGGCUUCUUAUAUUAAUGGACAUGAGACCGACGACGAAGAGAGAAAUCUUCCAACCGAACAGGAGGUGCGCAAAUGGAGCCAAACACAGACAUCCAGAUGCUUGCGCGGGCUCGGCAUCGACUCCAAGCACUGCGACAUCUUCGAGGAGCAGGAGAUCACUGGUGACGUUCUUCUCGAUAUGGACCAGGACUUUAUCUUUAUGAAGGAAUUCGACUUUGGCGUCAUGGGCAAACGGCUCAAAACAUGGCACAAAAUUAAAGCAUUCCAAGAAGAUAUCAAAGGAUCCAACCAGCCAACCCGGGGAUCCAUCUCGAGUCUCUCGGCCCCUGCGGAUGAACGCUCCUUGUCUCGCGCUGGGCAUACCGGACCACUGCUUCCUCGAAUCCCCACGCUGUCCGAGAAGAAUGGGCAGAAAUAUCCGCGGUCCUCUGCACCCGCACAACACCCACGGCUGGCUAGCAACAAUAGUUCCCCCAUGACUCCUCCCUAUAGCCAUGAAUCACCAAGAAGGAUUUCGGCCGCGUCGAUCCGCGAUCUAAACCACACACGCCGUCAUUCCUCGAUCGACGCCACCCAACGGGGCAUACCCGACUCGGGUUUCCAUCAAAAGAAGCCCUCCUUCGACCGAUCCUGGACUCUCAAUUCGGGCCCGCAUACGAUGCCCGCCCGCCCAGGAACCUCGUUGGGAACCACUUCUGGCUUCCGUGGACCAUUGACUGCCGAGUCUGAAACCUAUUCCCCUUCUUAUAACACCACUCCCGAUCAAACCGAUGAUCUUGAUCGAGGUUAUUUCUCAGGUACCGAGGUCGACUCGCGCCGAAACCGCCGGGUCCUACAGAAACGCAGCUCUACUGGAGGCAGCAUGAAUCAUUCUCGAAAGUCGAGCUAUGCGGAGGAACCAUAUAGACUCCCAUCAUCGGCAAAGCGCCAAUCCCGUGUCGGUAGUGUUGACUCGAUCCGUGAGGCAGCCAAGCAUGUCUCCCCUGCUGCCCAAGCCUACCAUGGGACGCCACCGAAGAGCCGACUGCGCAGUCUGAGCACGCGUGUUUCCGGAAGUGGAAAGAACUUGCAGUCCCCGAACGAGGUCAAGACCGGUAGCGGUUUCUUCGCCAACUUUUCCCGAGUCGGUAAAGGCGGCGAAUCGGACAGUGCUUCAGCGCCAUUCCAACCCUUGAAGAAUGCUGGCCCUAAGUUCCGCCGGGCAAUGGGUCUUCGGGCUAUCUCUGAUGUUGUCGGAAAGAAACUCGAUACCUCUGCUCCUGUUUCGCCACGUGAAUCCGACCCCACUUCCGCUCGCACUGGGUCUACUACUCCAUCCGCGACAUCGAAGAGCUCGGAACGCCAUAGCACGGAUGGAUCCGGUAAGGCUGCCGAUGGUCAAGGAUUCGUUGUCCGUCCUCGAACCGUCAAAUCAAAGAAAGAAACAAGUGCCUAUACCCGUGGUCUUGAGAAGAAGUCGCCACAAGAGCAGAUGGAAGGCUGCGAUUAUAGUGGAUGGAUGAAAAAGAGAUCCUCCAAUUUGAUGACGACCUGGAAGCCUCGACUAUUUGUUCUGCGCGGCCGUCGCCUGUCUUAUUACUACUCUGAAGAUGACACCGAAGAAAGAGGCUUGAUUGAUAUCACCGCUCAUCGCGUCCUCCGAGCGGAUCAAGACCCUAUCAUUGCCCUCCAUGCAACAAUCACCGGCUCAACCGCUCUCCCAGCCAAUGCCAACAAUACCGUCAACAGCACAGGCGACACAAAACUCACCACACCUUCCGUCAUCCAAUCUCUCACCAACAAAGACGGCAACGGCCCAUUCUUCUUCAAGCUCGUCCCUCCGAAAAUGGGUAACUCGCGCACAGUCCAGUUCACCAAACCAGCAACCCAUUACUUCCAAGUCGACAAUGUCCAACAGGGCCGGUUGUGGAUGGCAGCUCUGAUGAAAGCGACUAUCGAGCGCGAUAUGGGCCAGGCUGUUGAAAUGACCAACAAGCAAAAAACCAUCAGUCUCAAACAAGCGCGCUUGAUGAACCAGCGACCACCAGACUUGAUGCCUGCUUCUGGUAGUACUAAGACCGAACAAACCAUUAACGAAGAGGAAGAGGAAGGCGGUCUCCAGAUCGACGGCCUGAAUCUCCCCAGCACCCCUUCUGACGCCAACUCCUUCGAAAAUGCCAAGGACAGCCUCCCUGAGUCGCCAGCCACUGAAAGAUCGGCGGCGAUUACCAAUGGCGAUCUACACCAUGUCUUGCUUCCUGAUCCUCUGGCGAAGAUGGAAUCAAAGUGA